CGUCCUGCCCGCUGCCUCCUUUUCUGCGCUCGUCCUCGUCUUCCUGCCGCGAUCAUUGCCGCUGCGGCUUGGGGCCAAGCUUGAGGGUCCCAGGUUUGAUGCGCUCCAGCAUUCAGCACCAGGCCCCUCCCGCCCCCCAUCGAGACGAGUUCGCACCGUCAUUUUCCGUGUCCUUGUUCUCCGCCUCGUUCUCCUCCUGCGUUUUUCAUUGUUCUUCCCCCUCCGUAGCCCUGUUAUCAUCCUCCACCCCGGCGCUGCACCGCGAGGAGGAUGAUUCUGGUGAGGCGCCUUCGGCGGCAGGCACGCGCGCGGUCGUGUGCCUGGUGGAGGUCCCGGAGCAGUCGUUCAAGCACGUGGCGAGCCUCGCAGGCGGCCCUGGGCAGCUGGAUUCGCUGGUCCCCGCCACCGCCCUCUCGGAGCUGCCCGAGGGUGAUGUCAGGAUGAGCGCGCCGCUGCCGAGCUGCUACGCGUGGGCCUCCGCGAUGCGCGUCACGUCCUCGCGCGGGGUUUGUUCCGUGUACGCAUGGCGUGCCCGGCGGUUGCUGACGCUCGACCUGGAGGCGGAUCCGGAGGACGACUGCGACGACGACGAAGCAGUGGACUGAGAGAUGCCUUGGGUCGGUCCACCGCGCUCUCGGGGCAGGGGCGAUGGCGAGUGGCACGGUAACGGGAAA